AUGGCAGCACCAGCCGCAACCUACAAGAAAUCCGAAUUUCGGACGGCAACUGCACAGAUGAUAGCAAAAGUUCACGCUGCAAGACAUCCAGAUCACCGUGGCCAAGGUCCAGCAAAGGCUGUAAUACAACUGCAGGAAGUAAAAUACGCCAGCGCUUUCCGGUACAACGAAACAACAAAGAGCUACUGUCGAGAACACAACUCCUAUUCACCUCAAUAUGUUGAAACUCCAAAUAAAGAGGUAGAUAAUGCGCGGGCUGAGCUCUUUUCAUGGCAGUAUCUGGUCCUGUCAGAAGAGGAAGUACAGGAGCUUGAAGACCCAGUCGCAAUCAGAGGAUUCUAUCUGGCAGAGUGA